CGCUACCAGCAGCAGCAUCCAUAGCUCGGAGGGACCGCCUUUGAGUAGCAUUAACGAUAGCUUGGCCAUAUUGUGCAUCCAGUUUGUUGUAAAUCGUCUGCGUCACACCUACACCGGCUUUCUCAGUUAAAGCAAUAAAAUAGGACAACAAAAUCAACACGGACUACAAGUAAAAACGUUAACAGGUUAUACAUUUACAGCCUUUCGUCUGGGAAAAUGGUUAAAUUGGGGAAUAAUUUCAGUGACAAAAACAACGCCAAAGCCGUCUCAGAAAAUGGAUUCGACACCAUUCCCCUCAUAACACCCUUAGAUGCCAGUCAACUGCAGUUCCCAGCACUCGACAAGGUUGUGGUAAAGACCAAAACAGACUAUGAUGGGGAACACAAGAAGAGCAGGCUGCGGUCCCCAAAAAUAGCAGAAUUCUCAAUAAGCAUCAUUGAAGGGGUAUCUGAAAGACUCAAAGUCACUCUGCUGGUGAUUUGUGCUUUGGCGUUUCUGGUUUGCGUGGUGUUUCUGGUGGUCUAUAAAGUCUACCAGUAUGAGCAGCCCUGUCCAGAGGGCUUCAUGUACACGCAAGGUCGGUGCAUGCCGACGGGGAUGUACGGCUACUACCCCCCUGGCGGGCGCGGGCGUCUCUUCACCAUCAUCAACCAUUACAACAUGGCCAAGCAGACCAUCACCCGGUCCGUGUCCCCAUGGAUGACCAUCAUGUCAGAGGAGAAGGUCACCCAGCAGGAGACCGAGACCCACCAGAAGCUGGCCUAACGCACUGGGCUGUAUUCAGAGGUGAAACGUUAAGAAUGUUACAAAUAGAAAUACAAUAAAUAGAGCUGACCUGAUGCCCAAUUGUACAUGAGCGAUACUCAUAUCUGUUCUACAAAAUGUAUCUCUAUCUGAGCGUUUUGUAACGUUGCACCCUUCUGAACAGACCCUAGGAUCACCAUCCAGCCAUGUGAAAAUGGGAUACACAGUGCCGUUCAAGCAAACCCGAAAUCUGGAAAAACUUUCUUUAGCUAAAAUGGUUGAUCUUGAGGUGCGCCAGUUUUAACUGAUAUGAUAUAACUGCAAUGUAUCAGGCAUAAUGUAUUGUUUUAAUCAGUUAAAUUAUUUUACAAAUACAUUUGUGUAAGCACAGACAGGAACUUGUUGGAUGGAUAUCUGGUUUGUUUGAAUAGCGUCCGCGGUUAUUUCUUUACAUUUUCGAGUGGCGAACAGAUACACAAACAAGUCUUGCCACACAGACACACACUUGUUGACAAAACAUCUUUGUACAUAAACGGGAAUAAAAUCUCACUUCAGUACCCCAAAUAUAAACAGACUUUGAACCGUUCUAGUGUCUGCGGAGCUGGUUUAAACACACAUGCACGGUUAACUUUGUAAGGCUUCUGCAUUUCACACAACCAAACGUCUUUAUUACUAAAAAACAUUUGAAUUAUUGUCAGAGCAUGUACCAUUUAACCCUUGAGAUCCAGCUAAAAUGACUGAUAAUAAAUUACUUUUUACCUCUCCCAUUUGUGGAUGAA